GACAAGUAUAAAGGGGGGCAUUCGCAAUUCGCUCAUGAUUGUUCAACUUUGGCUUCACCAGCAUCAAUUUUCAAAAGCAUUUCCUAACGUUUCCUGGAAGUUUCUCUGUUCCUUUCCUACUUCUCACUUUCCUCCAUUUCUUUUUCAGUCCAUUAUCCCAAGCACCCUCCAAAAUGCGUUUCUCUAUCGCCACCGCUGCCAUCGCCGGCCUCGCCGCCGCCAGUCCCAUGGUCAAGACUCGCCAGACUGGCGUCAACGUCGUAGAUGAGACCCUUCAAGUCGUCGACAGCGCCGCCAACACCAUCGUGACCCAGCUUACGGAUAUCAACUUUUCCUCGCAUGUAGCCAAUCUUCUUCUCGGCACUCUGACCGGCAGCAUUGUGCCUCAGCUCGAAGAGAGCCUGACCGCCGUUGGCGACGAGUUCGUCGAUAUCAAGAACUUCGUCACGAGCCAGCUCAAGGAGACUGUGGCCCCCGUCGUCGAGGCUGAGCUGGGCAACGUGGUCACUCUGCUUGAAGACACUACCGACCUCGUCAACGAGGCCAAGAGCACGCUUGAGUCCCUGACAUCUGGGCUCCUGACCAGCACUCUCUCCGGCGUCAAGCAGGAGGCCCAGUAUCUCCUCGACACCAUCGAGCCCGCCAUUGCUCCCGUUCUCGAGAUCUCCAAGGACUUUGUUGGCACUGCUACCGGCAGCGUGGUCGACCAGAUCAACAGCCUUACUGCUGACCUCAAGACUCUGGCUACCGAGGGCCUUGCCCCCGUGCAGGACGCCAUCAACAAGCUCGUCUAAGAGAGAUGGCUGUGCUGUCCGUCGCGUUUGACAGCGGGGAGUAAUGGUUGACGACUUGCUCCUCGCGUCACUACAGUUGACUGGCGUUAUCCGGCUUCUGAGGCUUUAGAAAGAUUAUCACAGUACUUCAUGCUUGCUUGGUUGCUGAUCUUGCUUCCC